CAGAAACUAUAGACGAGGUAGUGAGUCGGUUGGAAAGGGUGGUGCAGAAAGCGCGGGAUCUGCACUGUCCGGUCCACCUGGGCAAUGCAGCGCUGAGCGUCUUAUUGAUGGCGAAGGGGAAGGGACUCGGACGAGAGGGGAGUACCAGCGUGAUCGGUGUAUAUCCGUAGACUAUCUAGUCCACGCAAUUCUGUAUCAGGAAAUUCAUCUUAAGCGAUGAUCUCAUAUGUAUCGGAGUAACUCCGGGUGCAGUCCGGUGGAGUCAGUCAUCCCUCGUCCACCAUCCAUAUAACAACUAUAAGACCGCAUAACUACCUCCCUCACCAAACCACUCACUCACAUCAAUCCCACUUCCAAAACCAAUCGCUCCCAUCUUCCACUCCUCCUCACACCACCACAGCCACACCACCAAAAUGCCCCUCCAAACCAACCGCGCCAUCCCCAUUCUCAACCACGCCUACGAAAACAAAUACGGCGUGCCCGCAAUGUGCUGCUACAACCUGGAAGGCAUCCUCGCGACCGUCCGCGCAGCCGAGAAACUCCGCUCACCCGCCAUGAUCCUCCUCUUCCCAUGGGCCAUCCACUACGCAUCAGGCAUCCUCGUGCACGCCGCCGCCGAAGCCGCCCGCAACGCCAGCGUCCCCAUAACCGUACACCUGGACCACGCCCAAACACCCGAAAUCAUCCGACAAGCAGCGAACAUCACCCCCGGGUUCGACAGCAUCAUGAUCGACAUGUCCCAUUACGAGAAGGCCGAGAACCUCGCGUUAACCCGGGAACUUGUAUUGUAUUGCAAUGAGCGGGGCAUUGCGACGGAGGCCGAACCGGGGAGGAUUGAAGGCGGGGAGGACGGGAUUGAAGAUACGGUUGAUUUGGAGGGUGUGUUAACGACGCCGGAGGAGAGUGAGGAGUUUGUGGAUACCGGGAUUGAUUGGUUGGCGCCGGCGUUUGGGAACGUGCAUGGGAGUUAUGGGCCCAGGGGGGUGAGGUUGGAGUAUGAGCGGUUGGAGGGGAUUAGGGAGAGGGUUGGGGGGAGGGUCAGGUUGGUGUUGCAUGGGGCGGAUCCGUUUGAUAGGGAGAUUUUUGGGAGGUGUAUUGAGGCCGGGGUGAGUAAGGUGAAUAUUAAUAAGGUGUUGAAUAAUGAGUGGGUGAGGGUUGUUACGGAAGGGAAGGGGAAGGGGAUGACGGGGUUGAUUGAGGAGGCGACGGAGAGGAUGCAGAUUGCUGUGGAGGGGUGUAUUGAUUUGUUGGGGUCGGGGGGGAGGUAUCCUUGAUUUUUGUUUCUUUGGUAGAGAUUUAAUUGUUUUAUACUUCGUAGGGGUGGAUGGAUGUCAACGACAUGCUGUUUUCUCGUGUACUUGUUUGCUAGUAGGCGCUCCUGCUACAUUGGGAAAUUAUUGGUGAAUGGGCAUCACCUGAUCCUCUCGCUUCUUUGUAACCCAUCUCACUGGCCAUCUACCUUCUUCAGAAACAAAUACU